AUGAGACUGAAAAGGCUCAGUGACGAGGAGAGGAAGGAGCUCAUCAGGCUCGAGGCCAUGCGUGAUGGGUCAGCGUAUGAGCAGGAGCAAUACGUCAACGAGAAAGGAGAGCUCAUGAGGAGGCUGGAAUCACUGAAGGAGCAAAAUAAGAAGUCUUGUCUACCUUGCAUCAAUCACUCAUUGGAGAGUAGCAAUGAGAGGACACGGGAGAAGUACAAUGGCAAAGCCGAGAGGUUCCGUGAUAUGGGAGAUCAGGUCUUCCGUCUCAUGGACCAGUUGAAGCUCCUACAACUCGAGCGGAAGAAGCGGGUCGAGUCGGUCUCCGAGAGGAGGAAGAGGGCGGAGCAUUUGGAGGUUGCCAAUGCUCAGUCGUUAGCCAAGAUUGAGGUAGAGCGUGAGGCGCGGCAGGAUGCAGAGGCAGCACUGAGGAAGGUCCAACAGGUCCUCAGCCUCCUUCGUAAGAAGCAGAGAUCUCUGGAGGAGACCUAUACCAUGGCGACCCGUGUUUGGGAGAAGACAGAGAGGGAUGCAAGUCAGCUUUACGAUAAUCUAAGAGCACUGACGACGCGUAACCAGUAUCUCGUGAAUCGGGUGGAUGGGCAAGUAGAUGACUCAUCUACACUGAAGCAGCGUCUUGCUGAGAUGCGGGAGGAGUUGCAGAAACUGCGACAAACGGAGAAGGAGCUACAGGGUCAGCUAUCGGUGAGUGACGAUGCAGAGGCUGAGUUAUCGGCCGAAGUGGCGAAGUUGAAUGCCGAGAUCGACUUCAUCAAGCGGACGGAUAUGUUGGACGAGGAUGGGAGAUUGAGGCCUAUCCAGAUUAGAAGCGAGGACUCUGAUCUGGUCGAGAGACUCCAGAUAAACGAGUUCCUGUAUCGAGCGCAGCAAGAGCCGAGGAAGGCAACAGCUCUGAUCAUAGAGAAAUUGUCGCAUCUUUUGGAGCUCAUCCAUGGUGCACAAGCUCAGGGCCAUCAGUACCAGACUGAUCUAGAUCGCUCAAACGGUUAUAUGAAAAGCCUCCGUAAUAAGAACAAAGAGUUACUCGAAGAUGUUGUCGCACUAGAACGAUUCCGCGGCGAUAUACUAUUACAAGUCAUCCGCAAUGCAUUGGCAUGCCCUGGCGGGAAGACGCCUGAUCUAUUGCUCGCUGGUUUGGGAUAUACCUUGGCUGACCUCAACGAGGUUAUGCGCAUGCUACGCGCCCUCGAUACUGCCCAGCGAAUUGAGACUAUUGACUUGUGCAAGAAUGAUCUCACUGAUGAGGCUGUGCCUUUGCUGUGCGAAAUGCUCAAUAUGCUCUCCUACCUACGGCUGUUGGACAUAUCAGAGAACUACUUUACCUCUGGUGGGAUUGGCAAAGUUUCGGAUUCUAUGAAGGGGAUGGAGGGCAUAACGUCAGUGCUGGUCAAUGAUGAGAUCAUCACAGCGAAUUCGGGUGUUCAGACUAGAGUCCAGGUCGGUGUCUAUGGUGUGCUAUGGGUAAAGUGA